UUCUGGAAGACUACUAAUCUACAAAAUACAAGCUCCUCCAUGACCUACUCCCUUGCCUCCAGCCCAUCCUCCAUUUCACCAACCUUGGGAACCCGGCAGUUCUUCACCUGCACGUCCGCCCCCUACCUGGAAGGCUUCCCUGCCCACUGCUGCCCGCAUCCAUCCCGCAGGCCUCCUGGGAUGUCAGACCCUGGUCCUUGCCCCCCAACACCGGUGUAAACGCGGCCCCGCUGUUCCCUCCCAGAGCACAGCCGCCCGGUCAUUCCCUGUAGCUGGGGCCCUGUGCCGUGGGAGGGAGGGUGAGCACCUCCACGGUCCCGCACCUGCUGUGCCCUGGCCCACCACCUGACAGCCCAGCCCAGCCCAGCCCGCUCCGCGCUGGUUUUACGAGCCCCGCUGUCCACCUCUCUCGGGUUCUCAGGGCCCGCUGUGUUUGAGGAUUCCUCCCCAGGGUGUGUUUCAGCGGUUUCCGGGGAGGGCCCGAGAAUCUGCGCCUGUGGUCCCUGGGCCACACCUCCGAGGAGGCUCUGAUGCACUCGGUGGGGCCGAGGAGCUGGGAAUCGCUUGAUGACCACAUCUGCUUGCUGCAGCCGGUGGUAAGGCAGAGCCCCUGUGGGCAGGUUCACAGAUGAAUCGGGUCCUACCACCUACUGGCCGCCUCCAGGAACCAACCCGAACGUCUUCAUGUCGGGGCGCUUGGCUGUCCUGGCCCUGGCUCUGGCCACCCUCCUGGCUCCAGGGGCAGGGGCUCCGCUCAGCAGGAGGGGUUCCCGGAAUAAGCUGCUGCUCGUGUCCUUUGACGGUUUCCGCUGGAACUAUGACCAGGACACACACACCCCGAACCUGGACGCCAUGGCGCUGGAGGGGGUGAAGGCCCGCUACAUGACGCCGGCCUUCGUCACCAUGACCAGCCCCUGCCACUUCACCCUGGUCACGGGCAAAUACAUCGAGAACCACGGGGUGGUCCACAACAUGUACUACAACACCACCAGCAAGGUGAAGCUGCCCUACCACGCCACCCUCGGCCUCCAGAGCUGGUGGGACAACGGCAGCAUACCCAUCUGGAUCACGGCCCAGCGACAGGGCUUAAAGACGGGCUCCUUCUUCUACCCCGGCGGGAACGUCACCUACCAAGGCACGGCGGUGACCCUGAGCCGGAAGGAAGGCGUUCUGCACAACUACAAGGACGAGCAGGAGUGGAGGGCCAACAUCGACACGGUGAUGAAAUGGUUCACCGACGAGGGCCUGGACCUGGUCACGCUCUACUUUGGGGAGCCAGACUCCACGGGCCACAAGUACGGCCCCGAGUCCCAGCAGAGGAAGGACAUGGUGAUGCAGGUGGACAGGACGGUGGGCUACCUUCGGGACAGCAUCAGGAGGAGCGGCCUGGAGGGCAGCCUCGACCUGAUCAUCACGUCCGACCACGGCAUGACCACCGUCCACAAGCAGGCCCAGGACCUGGUGGAGUUCCACGCGUUCCCCAACUUCACCUUCAAGGACAUCGAGUUUGAGCUCCUGGACUACGGGCCCAAUGGCAUGCUCCUCCCCAAGGAAGGGAUGCUGGACAAGGUGUACGAGGUCCUCAAGGACGCCCACCCCAAACUCCACGUCUACAAGAAGGAGUCCUUCCCCAAGUCCCUCCACUACGCCGGGAACCCCAGGAUCACCCCACUGCUCAUGUACAGUGACCCUGGCUACGUCAUCCAUGGGAGACUGAACGUGCAGUUCAACAACGGAGAGCACGGUUUCCACAACGAGGCCAUGGACAUGAAGACCAUCUUCCGGGCCGUGGGCCCCAGCUUCAAGAGGGGCCUGGAGGUGGAGCCCUUCGAGAGCGUCCACGUGUACGAGCUCAUGUGCCAUCUGCUGGGCAUCGUGCCCGAGGCCAACGACGGGCUCUUGAGCACCCUGCUGCCGACGCUCCGGGAGGCCAGCAACGGGACCCAGAGCACCCCCUCGGGCUCUGCUCUCCUGCCCAGCGGCCGGCCCCCCGUGGUGGACAGGACUGCUGGUAGCCCGUGAUGCUUCUGGCCAAGGUCGCAUAAUGCUCUGUCGCUGGAGGUCAGAAGCCCAGGAGGGAGGGGAGGUUGGAUCUGACACCCCCACUAGUGACCCCCCCCCCCCCCCCACCGCAGCAGAAGGCAGUCCGUGCUCAAGAACCCCCCACAAGUCCCUUCUAGCCGCUCUGCUCUAGGCUUGGAGCGGGCCUUUCCGAAGCGGACAGACAGCCCAUG